UGCACGGGUUUGGCGGCUAUUAGAGUUUGGUCAUCGAGCACCUCAGUUGUGCGGCAACGCGAUAGGCUACAAACCGGAUGCAUCUUAAGACACGACCAAUAGCUUUAAGCCCUCGUAAGGCUCCAAUGGUCGCAAUUUGGACUAUCUUCUCGGUAUGGAGUACAAAAGUACAGGGAUGAUGGCCAGCUACCCCGCUAUCCAGCCGCGCGCCAGCCCAGCGCCUACUGAGGCUGCGCCAUUUAUAACACUGCCUCAUUCUCACCUUCGAGUUCACAUAAAAACUUCAUCGAUGCCGUUGCAACUGGAGACUAUGCACGGAAUACAUACAAUAAGCCACCAACAUGAAACGUUACUCUAAGAAAAUAUGGCGCAAAGUAAAGGGUGGAGAGGAUACUCCUCCUUCACUCAAGAGCCUCCCUACAGUAUCAGAAUCCUCCCACGCUCUUCAUAAAGCGGAAACGGUGCCUGAAAUAAAGAAAGAAAAGGUGGAUGCGGUUCGAAGAGACCUGUGGCAAAUCGCAUAUCAGGAACUAGCUUCAACAGACCGAGACAUCCUAGCACGUACCCAGAAAGUUGCACAGGCAAAGGGACACCAUGGGAAGAUACUGCAUAUAGUGGAUGACGUUAUCGAAGCAACAAAAAAGCAGUAUGAGGAUUAUCAAAAAGGGGGGUUAAAAAUAAAACAGGGCGCAGACAAGGACGAUAUCAACCUUCGAGAUGUUGCACACAAAAUUCUGAAUGCCACACUAUCUUUUAGAGCCAUUGUGGACGUGUUUGUAUCAGGCGACCAAAGUCUCGUUGCAUCAAGUGCUUGGGGGAUCAUCCUACUUGGAAUGACAAUAGCACACAACUACCAUAACAUACGAAAAGCGCAAUUUGAAUCAUCUGCAUUCCUGACAGAUGUCCUAACUCGUUGUGCCUUUGUGGAAAAGGAGCAUUACCAUGAAAAUCAAUAUGAAACGCAGGAUCAAGUCGAGACUGCCAUCGUUCAAGUCUACAAAGGUAUACUGCGUUAUACAGCACAAGUGUACAGGAUGCAAGAAUCCAAUAUCGGUGAGAGAAUAUUGGAAAGUAUAUUUCCGGUAACCAAUCAUCCACUCAAGCAGAUUGAGUCAGCAAUCAAAAGCGAUGAGGAAAUGCUACGGCAAUGGGUCAGGCAUGAUGAGCAUCUCCAGCAGCAAGGGAAGGCAGAAGAGCUGCUUGGGAGGAUAGAUGAUCUCAUCAAUCUAGUCAAGGACCUCCACCGAAGAUUCGACCUUUACAACCUACCAGAUGCUGAAGGAGCUUCUUUUGACUCGUAUCAAAAUCAACACGAGGAGGAGUGCCUUGCCGGUACUCGAGAAGAGCUUCUUCGGCGAGUCAGCGACUGGGGAGGCUCCUCAGACGGCCCGUGUAUCUUUUGGUUGAACGGAAUGGCGGGAACAGGAAAGUCGACAAUGUCACGCUCAUUAUCCAGAAUGUUCCAGGAAAAGGGACAACUUGGAGCGAGCUACUUCUUCAAAAGAGGCGAGGGUGAUCGUGGGCAUGCACGGAGAUUUGUUUCAACCAUUGCAAGACAGCUCAUUGCUGCAAUCCCAGAUCUUGCCCUUAGCGUCUCGAAGGCUAUUGAAGAUGACCCUGAUAUCUCAAAGCGUGGAUUCAGGAUCCAGUUUGAAAAGCUUCUUCUUCAGCCACUUGGUGAUUUAAAUGAAAGUCAGCAGGUCAGGAGAUUGGUAAUCGUUAUCGACGCCCUGGAUGAAUGUGAAGGAGAACAAGAUGUACGCCUUUUGCUGCAACUCUUGCCACAAUUGCAAGAAUCCCCACAAGCUCAAAGGUCAAAUUCUGUUCAGCUACGUGUUUUCGUAACCAGCCGCCCGGAACUACCAAUACAGCUUGGCUUCCAAGAUGACCUUGUCCGGGAUAACCAUCAAGAUCUUGUUCUCCACAAGAUCCCAAAACCGGUGAUUGAGCAUGACAUAUCACUGUUCCUGAAGCAUAAGCUAAAGAUGAUCGAGAAAACCAGGUCACUACCUCCAGACUGGCCUGGCGACAUACAGUUCAAAAGUUUGGUCCAAAUGUCAGUUCCCUUAUUCAUCUUUGCAGCCACCGUGUGCCGCGUGUUCGAGGAUUAUGAUUUGGAUCCGGUACAGAGUCUCUCUGAGAUCCUCGAAUAUCAGAACGAAGAGUCAAAACUGGACGGAACAUAUCUUCCUGUGCUGCAAAAAAUCCCAACUCAUGGUGGGAAACGGAAGGAAAUGAUCAUUGGAGAAUUUCAUCAGGUAGUUGGUACGAUCAUCAUACUUGAAUCCCCCCUAUCAAUCACUUCUCUGUCGGAGAUUCUUGGCCUCUCAGCGAGGGUCAUCAAUACCCGAUUGAGUCGGCUGCAUGCAGUGCUGAACAUACCGGGUGACGACGCCAUGCCCGUGGGGCUUUUCCACUUAUCGUUCCGAGACUUCCUUCUUGACCCGGAGACCCGUGAGAAGACAGACUUCUGGGUAGAUGGUGGAAGGGCGCACCAAAACCUGACUACCAAGUCCCUCGAGCUAAUGCAUCGCAAACUAAAAACGAACAUCUGCUGUUUACCAUAUGAAGGGUUCAAGCGGACCGGGAUCAACACAGAAACAAUCGGUCAGCCGGUCAGUCAUUAUAUACCACCGGAACUAGAAUAUUCCUGUCGAUACUGGACGCGGCAUCUAGCACUCUGUGAAUCUCCGAUAGCCCUACUAGAUAAUGUUCACUCGUUUUUACAGGAGCAUUUCCUUCACUGGGCUGAAGCACUGUGCAUCCUAGGUUAUGCAUCUGAGAUUGUGGAAGACAUCGAGAUGUUGCGGUCGCUCAUCAAGGACCAGGAAGGAUCCGAACUGUCGAGAUUUCUCUAUGAUGCCAAACGUUUUGUGCUAAAAUGUCGAGGUAUAGCCGAUAUUGCGCCACUUCAACUCUAUUGUUCCGGGAUAAUCUUUGCUCCAUCGAGAUCAGUUAUCAGACAGAAAUUUGAGAUGCCGUCGUGGAUACACAGGUUGACGGAAACCGAAGAAUUUUGGAGCGCAGAGUUGGAAACCAUUGAGGGUCACCGCGGCGCGCCUGUUCGAUCGGUGGCCUUCUCACCGGAUGGGCGAUUGCUGGCAUCCGGGGCUAAUGAUAAAACCAUCAAGCUAUGGGACGUGUCAACGAGCACCUUGCAGCAGACGCUUGAGGGCCAUACUGGCCCUGUCGAGUCAAUAGUAUUCUCACCAGAUGGGCGACAGCUAGCUUCCGGCUCUGCUGACUGUACCGUGAAGCUCUGGGAUCCGACAAACGGUUCACAUCGGACACUGACAGGACAUGAAGGCUGUGUUACGUCAGUGGCCUUCUCUCCAGAUGGCCAGUUGCUGGCAUCGGGCUCCGCUGACGAUACUAUCAAACUGUGGAAUAUGACGACCGACUCGCAUAAAACUCUGAAAGGCCAUUGGAUGCCUGUUCGAUCGGUUGCUUUCUCAGCAGAUGGUCGACUGGUAGCAUCUGGCUCUGAUGACAAAACCGUUAGACUCUGGGACACAGUCACUGGCACCCUGCAGCAUACCUCUGAGGCCCUUCAAUCAGUUGUUGAGUCAGUAGCCUUUUCACAGGAUGGGCGACUGGCAUCUGGUGCUGGCCCUGUCCAAAUCUGGGACCCAGUGAAUCGCACCGUACAACAAACCCUCGGGAGUCCUCAAGAUAAAGCAUGGGCAGUGGCAUUCUCAGCGGAUGGGAGGUGGCUGGCAUCAAGCUACUUUUUUGACAGGGUAAUCAGGUUGUGGGACCUGACCACAGGUACACUGAAGCGCACCCUUAAAGGGCAUGCUUGGAGUGCCCAAUGCUUGGCUUUCUCACCGGACGGGCGACGGCUGGCGUCCUGCUCGGCGGGCAACAUCAUCAAGCUCUGGGACUUGGACACCACUUUCUCGGAUCUAUUAUCCAAUGACCUCCAGGUGACCCCUCAAAUCCAUAACCCCGUUGUAUCCCUAGCAUUUUUACCGGAUGGGCGAUGGCUGGCCUCGGGCUUUUACGACGGCAUCAUCAGUAUCCAGCAACUAGGCCCAACUAGUGCUCCGCAGCUGACCCUCGAGGCUCACAAAUCUUUCGUUAGCUCGCUCGCUUUCACACAAGAUGGCCGGUGGCUCGUUUCUGGCUCUUACGACGAAACCAUCAAGGUUUGGGCAUUCGACACCAUUCUCAACAAUCCGGCGUCUAGCCCUCUGCGCCAAACCUUGGAGGGGCACAAAAGCCCGGUUACAAUAGUGGCCCUCUCUCCAGACGGACGAAGGCUAGCAUCUAGCGCGGAAGAUAACACCAUCAAAAUCUGGGACCUAGUCACUGGCACGCUGCAGUAUACACUUGAAGGUCACGAAUACAUUGUCAGGCUUCUGGCCUUCUCGCCUGACGGGCGAUGGCUCGCAUCCGCCAACAAUGUAAUCAAGCUUUGGGAUGCGACAACCGGUGCCUUGCUACAUGACAUCGAUGCACGAGGAUUUGUGUCUGACCUUUCGUUCAGUAACUCUGGACCCUAUCUUGAGACAGACCUGGGGUUAUAUGAUUUGCCACCAGCAUACCAGAGCACAUGCUCCAAUGUCAAGCCUGAAAUGGAGGUCCGUAUCCAGAAAGGCCAGUGGGUUACCUUGCAAGGCAAGAGAAUAUUAUGGCUACCCCCUGCGUAUCGUGGGAAGGUGGCUAUUAAAUAUGGGGUCCUAGCUCUAGGACAUGGACCUGUGGGGGCUCAAUCGAGCUGUGUUACUGUUCUUGAAUUUGGCCAGUGAGUGUUGGGAUUGUGUUCGUUGGCAGAGCGGGUUGGGAAUGUCUGUAUGUACUCUCGAUCAACUGAUCGAUUGAUUGAAGCCUCCCCACAGGGAGUAGUAGUACUUUACUACUCGUUGCGAUCCUUGCGCUGUCCCGGGAGUAUAUCAUGCGUUAUUCUACAUCCUCGUACUUAUUCGACAUUUAGUUUUCUAUAUCUUGUUCUCUAGACUCUAUAUACUUCAGUCCCG